AUGGCGGCCGAAAUUCACGUCAUUUCCAAGAAGGACCUCACCAAACAUGAGACAAUCUCAGUCAAUCUGUCUCUUCCCCCCUUAGCCCCCUCGUCCAUCCGGGCGCGCUCAACUCUCAUCGGCAUCACAUCCAACAACCUCUCAUAUGCUAAGCUCGGAGACAUGCUCCAUUGGUGGUCCACCUGGCCCGUCCCUCUCGACGGCCCCGCCCCGUAUAACAACCGGGAUGAGUGGGGUAUCGUGCCUGCGUGGGGUUUCGCCAGGGUUCUCGAGUCGAACAUCGAGGCCAUCCCCUCCGGCAGUCUUGUCUACGGCUACUGGCCUACCUCAUCACACGAAGUUGAUCUCAACCUCGUACCACACGAGCCCAAGGGUCACUUCCGCGAGGUGAGCGACCACAGGAAGGAGCUCGGAAGCAUCUACAACCGGUACAACCUCGUCGACGAGUCCGCUAAACCAGAGGAGUUCAGAGCCAUUUUCGCUAACGCGUAUCCUAUCUGGAACGCGGGCUACGUACUUAACCGCUUCAGCUUCCCGACGGAGUUUAAAGGAGUUCACCCAACUGGCCAAUAUGGUGGCGAGUGGACCGACAAGGACGGGGAUCUGAGCUCCGCCGUCGUUGUCAACCUCUCCGCAUCAAGCCGGACGGGGCGGAGCAUCACCUGGAACUUUGCCCGGAACCGUAAACCGGACACCAAUGGGCCUCUUGCAUGGCUGAACGCCACUUCUUCGUCUCAUUAUUUAAGUCCUUCCCCCGAGGCUCCCUUCGAGAUCAAGAAUGUGAAGUACGACGAACUUGCUGCUAAAGAGACGAUCGACUGGAUUACUAGUGUCCAGCCUAAGCGCGUUGUGGUAUUUGACAACGGAGGCCCUGUGGAAGUCACAGAGCGGCUCCGCGAAGCUCUGGCCGCCAAGUUACCGAAAGGUACAAGCUUCACUCUGGUCUUGAUUGGCGGCGAGCCAAAAAUGCAAUCUCCAGAUGAGUUCCAGACACUUAUGGGCUUGCGAGGGAAGUGGGGUGUCCCUGUUCAACUGAACACGACUUGGGUCAUUGACGAUGGUGUUGAGGCGGAAGGCGCGGAGAGCUUCUUCAAAGCAAACGAAGCUGCAUUCGAGAAAGCAGUCGGGGAGAAGUACCUAGGAGAUAUGGAAUUGGUUUGGGGCACUGGAGUUGGUGGUUCCUCAGGAGUUGAGAAGGCAUGGGAAAAUAUCAUUCAGGGAACGCUGACGCCCAACAAAGCCUGGGUUUACCGCCUGGGCAACUAA